AUUGUGGGGACAAGUAAUAUACUAACUCCUCACCAUUUCAUUACAAAUAUUGCUUGAUCUUAGGCUUGCUUCCUCAGGCUAUACAUUGAAACAAAAGUAGAAAUAGUCAUCAUGGUUAAGUUUGCUUUCAUCAUCACCGUUCUAUUCGCUGCUUUUUUCAUCUUUGCUGCUAUUGAAGCACCAACAAUGGUGGAAGCACAGAAGCUGUGUGGGAGGCCAAGUACUGGGACUAUGCGAGAUAUUUGUAGAUUUAGUAACUUUGCGUGCAGGGAUCAUUGCACUCGAGUUGAGGGAGCAAAACACGGAUCUUGCAGUUUUGUCUUCCCAAUUAACAAGUGUUCCUGUUUCUUCCCAUGUUAAUCGACUAGAACUUUGUAAUGAAUGAUUAAUUGUGGGUUUAAGUCACAUAAAUAAGUCUGUAUCACUCCAUGAGUUAAAGUUAUGACAUGUACUAUAUAUGAUUAUGUUGGUUUUUCAUAAUAGUAUAAACUUUGAUACCCUUG